AUGCGUCCGAAACCGUCCCCUGGUACUCCCCCCAACUGCAUUGGCGCCAGGCAUUUUCCCCCCAUCGCCGCCACCACUCCCCGCGUCCCCCCCUCCCCCAUCCCCCGCUGUUCCGCCUUCCACCCCCACCACCUCGCUAUUGUUGCUGCUGCUGCGGGGGAAAAGUCUCCGCUUUUGUGCGCACGUGGCGGGAACGCCUCCCCCGCUUCUGUCCCCGCCUCCGCCUCCGCUCUCCCCAUCUGCUCCGCUUCCCCCGUUUCCCCCGUCUCCUCCGCCCCUUCCCCGGUCACUCGGGGAUGCCUCCUGGGCGGGGGGAAUGUGAGCGCAGGGGCCGGCGGAACGGGUUCCAUCAUCGGCGGGAAAGAUGAAACGGGCGGAGCAGAUGAAACGGGCGGGGAAGAUGACACGGGCGGAGAAGUUGACACGGGCACGGCUGCGUUCGAAACGGGGGAGGAGGUGGGGAGCGGGAUGAGAUCGGGAGAGGGUUGUCCCAUGGGGAAGGAGCAGUUGCGCUUGAGAGGUGGUUGA